GAAGUACUGUCACAUAAACACAAACAUACAAUAUUAAAAUUAUAUCUUUAUACGAGUAGAAACGUAUUUUUCAAAUCAAGGAUGCCUGCAGAAUUGAUUCCCAAGAUUGUUCUGAUCCCGGCGUCGGAAGUUACGGAACGGGAGGCCAAGUAUGUGACUCGUCUGAAUGAUGUUACCACUAGUGGGGACCUAGUUAAAAAAUCCGAAAAGGAGUUUCAUCAAUUGGAGACCCUUCGUACUCACAACGAUCACUGGGAGCAUUAUUUGCGAUGCGAUGGCAUUCCCAGACCUUAUGUGCCCGUCGAUGUUAGAACUUUUAUUGCCAAAAUACGGCAUUAUGACGAUAUCGAGGCGAGAAGAGCGGUCAGCUGGACUUUGUCGAUAGAUGAGAGAAGCAUUCUUAAUCAGAACAUAUUCCGGACGGACAAGACCAGGGAUAAAAUGCGCGCCAACAAGGAUAAUCCCGGAGCUCACUAUGAAAAUGAUAUACAGUUGUGUCUGGAAACCCUGAAGCAAAUGGAUACAAUGCUGGAUAAUGAAGCUGAGCUGGAAAAUUUAUCCAACAAGGUUCAGUAUGAAAUAAUGGAAACUUAUUCAGAGCUCGAGAAGGAAGUCGAUAGCCUUUUCAAUCGGCUCACAUAUCGAAUAAUGCAUAUGCAAUCGGCUUAUAUGAUUACUGAAGAUAACAAAGUGGCCACCUGGAGCCAUCGGUGUGGUCCAUGGCAAAUGGACUUGUGGGGUCUUUUGAACGUUUCCGUACUUUUCGACCAACUAGAAAUUCCAGUCAUGUUGGCCACUUUUGAAACCACCAAAGUGACUGUCCAGGUGCCCAUGAGUAUGUUUGCAGAUUGCAUGACCCUUCGCAGCAUUCACACAGAGUUCGAUAAUUUUUCCCAAUAUGCAAAAAGUUUUGAGCCGCCGCUUAUAACAAGUUCCAAUUAUCCCAAUGCCGGGAUAUCGGAUAUGCAGGAUUCCGUGAUUACCGAAUGGCUUAUGCAACAGGACCUCCAGGAGGAGACAUUGUCUGAGAUGUUGCGGCGGCGGGAGGAGUACGAGGAAGUUAUGGAAGAUAUUGCCAUGAAGGUCGAACAAGCGGCCAAGGAGGCCAAGGCUGGUGACCAAUCGAAAGGACCAAAGAUAAUAAUACCAAAAGCUCCAAAGGAGCCGCCAUUAGUUCCGCCCAACAUGUUUCCCGAUAUCUACAAUGAUUUUAUUAGAAUAGAGGAUUACCAGAAUACGGCAUUUCUCGACGAGGUUUAUCAUCCGCGGAAUCUCCAUUUGUUUCCUAACGAGAUCAACUUAAGGGAGUACAUCAUCCAGGGUGGCAUCUACUCGAUUAUGUUUGUGCGGCGACCCGACCAGACCGAGUUCUCCAAGUUCAACAUUGUGUGGCACGAGGACGAUCGACUGUUGUACACGAUGCCCCAACUGGUGGCUGAGACGGGGCGCAAUCAGCGUGCCACCGAAAUGUUGCGAAAGAGCCGGCCAACAUUAAUGACUCCGGCGAACGCCAGACUAGAAGAAUCCGAUCUGCCCUUCUUCCACGUCACCAUCCAACUGCCGCCAGAUUUGUGCAGGUGGAGCGUACCUGAGGUAUGCCAAUAUCUGACAGAGAACCAAAUAGUACCACCUGAACCCAGACGCCUGGCUUCCGAAUUGCUCUACGCCGGGGAUACCUACAGAGGUCUCUCCACCUCGGCAUCUUUUCAAGGCAGUGUUCGGCACAGCACUCGAUUGUCCGUGGAUUCUACAACUAAUAUCUUUCGACCCACCAUCCGGAUGAUGCUCCGGCAAAGCCAUUUCGAAAGUGUUAUAGGAAGACCUUCCGCCACUGUUUUGCUCAAGGAAUUUAAACUAAAGGACAAACAGCUGAACAAGCUGGAGAUACGAAAUUUGCAGAGACAUGCCAUUCCGCGGAUGAUCUCUUCAUUUAAAUUGCCUGCAGACGUUCUCGAUGACAUGCCAGAUCUGGAUGCACCCUCUAACAAAAAGGGUCUAUUUAAGCGACAGGAUGCUGAUGUAGUGGCAAAGAGGCCGGAACUGGGCUUUAGCUACGAGGACCAGUUGGAUACACCAGAGCGGAUGUAUCCCUUCUUUCCGCGUGUGGAGGUGGUGCAGCUUGAUGACUCUGACGAUUUCGAGUACACCGACGAGGACGAACCGCAGCAGCUUAAAGCGGGUACAUCACACACCAUGCACCAAUUGGUCCAGGAUCUGGACGACAUCAAAACCAAAUAUACGGCCAAGCCAAAUGAAUUACUUAAUCAGCCCGAUGAGCCGGAAAAGAAGGCGGCUAAGGAAAAGGUCAAGGAGGAAGUCGUCGGAGAAGCCCCGCCGCCCACCAAGAAGGACGAAAGCGACUGGCAGGCGAAGACGACCGGCAGGCGAAGAACCAAGCGAUCCUUGCCUUUCAAGACAGACUCUCAAAUUCGGGUCUCGGAAAAAGUGGAAGAGGUGACCCACUGGACGACAAAGUACAUCGUUGAUGCAGAGGUCGAUAAGGUCACCCACAAGCUCACCUUUAAAACGGAUCGCCUGGGUAUUAUUGGACUCGCCUUUAAGCGGUAUGACCAUUUCCCCUUCCGAGAAUGGUCUCUACAACCCAAUGAGGAGAAUCCGGACGAGAUGAUCUUUGCCGUGGAUAGUUUCCAUGUACGCAUAUUAUUUUAUAUCAGUGCCAAGGGAGUGCGUGGUUAUGUGACGGACAUAAUCAAAGGAUAUGCCGCCAAGCCGGUAAAGUAUUUGGAAAUCCCGGAACCGAUUAUUGACUUUAAACAAUUACGCAAGAUUUUUUUAGCAAAAAACAUAAACAUAUUCGCUGAAAAUGAUGCCUGCUUCUAUAUCACAAACGGUUACUAUUCACUGAAACACGUGGCUACUGAGCAGCAUACCUACAGAAUGAUGGCCCUCCACUGCAAGAGCAUGAAGUUCUAUCGAUCGAGCUGGAAUCGCCUGGCCAAUCGCCGCGACAUUAUAAUGGGAAUGAAGAUAGCCAAGGAUAAUAGCGACUACUCAGAGGUUGUCGUACGCAUUCGACCCGAGGACACCACCUUUGUAACCGUCACUGAGAAUUGUUCAGACCAAGAGAAUGUGAUUGUGCUAUCCUAUCAAAAUACGUGGCGUAAUAUUGGACAUUUCACGGACCUUCAUCAAGCGGUGUGCUCAAUGUCUCCCACUGCCUUGGAAUUGCGAAAUAAGGAUACUUUGCUCCUUUUUUACGUUAAGAAAAUGCUGACUCAACUUCGACCGUUGAGCUUUUCAUAGGAUUAAUUCAAUUUUUCGAUAUCCAAUCUUGUAUACAUGUAUCUACUACGAUUCUACCUUUCACUGAAGAGAAUAGAAUAAU